AUGAUUGACGUAAAAAUAAGUUCUCAAGUGAGUAUUAAAAGCUGUACUGUUGACUGUCAAAAUGGGUCCAUGAACUUCGGUGUUGUAAAGACAUCUUAUUCCUGCUGUGACACUGACCUUUGUAACGCCAAAGAUGCUCCAGAUCUCAGCGCCAUUAUCCCCAAUGGAAAGACAUGUUACUCUUGUGAUGGGCACAGCUGUUUAAACAUAAUGAGCUGUUCAGGGAGUGAAGACCGCUGCAUUAAAGCAACAGGGAGUUAUGGAGGCCAGUCAGCAGUAAAAGGCUGUGUUUCUAAAUCUAUUUGUGAUGCUGCUACAUCAGUUAAUGAUGUUCAGAGCAUCCUGCGUUGUUCAGGGAACCUGUGUAAUGGUGCUCAGAGUGUCACGCAGAGCUUCCUGUUCCUCUGCUGUUCUCUGCUCUCCUUCAUCCCUGCCUGCACUGAAUCCAGCAGCUCUACACAUUCUACAUGA